AUGCCCGGCUUUUUGGAUCUUCCACUUGAACUCCGAAAUCAUGUCUACGAGGUGUUGCUUAACGAAGAGCUGGGGCGUUCUUUCCGCGGGGUUAUGGUGGUGUCAGAGCAUUACGUGAGGAACGAUUUACCGCUUCGGUGUUAUCGCGGGCUGCUGCGCGUAUGUCGCCAGACACACGGAGAGUUCAAGCAAGCAAUCCAACACCUGGUCGCUGCGAAACGCCUCAACUACGAAUUCGACAUUACCUUCUCGCAUGGCCGGCCGUACUUUUCGUUGAGCUGGGUUCAAUUUGCGGCGCUUUCGCCUACCAUCAAUCAACUCCUUAUCAACGUCGACUUGCGCACAAGAGAGUCCCUCCGAGACGGGCCGCGCGAAUCUUUUGUUCCUCAUGAGCAUGAGCUGGCUCAUUUGUUGGAGCACUCGCCGACUUGUUUUGCCAAACAGCUCUUCGAUUACAUUGCUAUCUUCCUGAAGACACUUGCCAAUCUAUUAUUCCAGGGCAAUCCUCAUUUCAGUAUGUAG